ACGCGUUGCAGCGCAGAGGCGGCAAAGGCGAGGCAUCAGUCGGGCUCAAACGUGCGCUCGUUGCGGGUUCACAAUCCCUUACGAACGUUUCUUAUUCUCUUCAUACCCCUUCUAUUAUCAUCGAUCAACAAUAUUUGUAAAAAUUUAUCUCUAGAUUACACGUAAUCCGGUCCACGAGUCUCAUUUUAACGCGUCCACGUAUACGCUCGCGCGCGCGCGCACAAAAGCACGGAUGCUGUGUGAUUUUUACAUCAAAAAAUAUUCAAUACAAAUUAACGAACUUAAUAAUAAUAAUAAUAAUAAUAUAUUUGUGUAUAAUUAAUUAAUUAAUAUGUGCGAUAAUCGCGUUGUUUUAUAUUUUUUGUUGCUUCUUCUCGAUUCGACAAUACCACCGGUCUCGUAAUUCUCAUCGACAAAUUUUCUUACCUACGAACUUUUUCCCAACGUUUGUUAUGAUCCUUUGAAAUAAUUACUUUUAUCCGUGUCAAAAAAGAAAAAAAAACCAAGAAAAAAGGAAAGAAAUGAAAAAAUAAGAAAUAAAAAAGUGUACAUUCUUUUAACCGAAAAAAAAACGGGGAUCACGAGGAACAAAUUUUCUGUUUCGAAAGAGAGAGAGAGAGAGAAACAAAAAGAAGGAAUCAUCCAACAUUUGGAGAGAAUAUUACGAAAUAUUAAAAUAAUAAUAAUAAUAAUAAUAUAAAGUAACGUCAAUCACGGAUGACAAUCAAGGAGAGGGGGAGGGCAGGAGGAGGAGGAGGAGGGGGUCCCUUUAAAAGUGAUGAAACACCGGUCACGGUUGACCACUGUAACAGUCAAUAAGGGAUGAGAUAGCUGACAAGAGAGACCGGAUGUGCUUAGGUGUCGUGAUUCAUUCUCGUGUUAGCUGAUUCCUCUGUCAUCAUUACGUUUGACUAUAUUAUUCCAAAAACACCAUUGUAUUGGAUCAAGUAUCAUCGUGUUAAAUUAUUACACCGUUUACGUUUAAUCGAAAUUUAUAUUACGAACGUCUGUUUGUCUGUCUGUUCGUCUGUCUGUGAUUGAUGAACAAAAUAACACGAGAUGAAUUAUCAUUCUGACAAAGGCAAACGUAAAACUUAUAGAAAUUUAAUAAGAUUAAACGAAGGUAAUAGAAAUCAAAGUAUUACGCGUGAUGCGUCAAAAUAUUGAACAAUUCCGAAUGACUGUGACACGUACGAAUAAUAAUAAUAAUAAUAAUAAUAAUAAUAAAAGGUUGUUGAAAGUAUUAAGGGAAUAUCGUCGUCGUGUCAUCUUCAAAGAAAGAUUAAAGUGUCGUUUGUGGCAUCAUGGCCACGUGCGUUUCGAUAAAAUUUUGACGAGACACCGUGUAAUCCUCGAAGGAUACGUUAAAGAUCUAGAGGAUAGUAAUUCACUGGACGAAGUCACAGAGUAAUGAUCAGAGCAAAGCGGUUUGAGCUGGGAACCGCGACUAUUAAUCCGGUGAUUCCAGCCACCUGGAGUCGACAAUCAAAAGAAAAACAAGUGAAAUAUAACAAAUAUUCCUUGUUGAAAAUCAUUUUAAUAUUGUGUUGCAUAAACAACGUUUAUUGCGACAAUCGUUACGAUUGGAUUAAAAGAUUUUCACGUGGUAUAAACGAUCUACGAUUAGCCAUGACCGAUGAUAAAGAAACUAAACUUUUACAUGGCCGUUGUAAUAUGGAUAGUGUCUGUAAAUGGUAUUGGCAAAAUAUUACCUCUAAUGCUAGAAACGAAGUCAUAAAUACAACUGGAAUUCAAGGGAGUUAUCUACAAUUCUAUGGUGUCGGCAAUGGUAUGAUAUAUUCUGAAUAUAUACCACGCAGUGGAUCACAUUGUCAUCUGACAUUGAAAUUAUUACAAAAAAAUAUGAAAAAUGGGGUAAUAAGUUUCAUAAUAGAUACGAACAAUCAGUCUUACGUUGCAAGUGAACGCAGUGGAAACAAUAAUGCCGUAUGGGAGUUUAUCAGUUUCAACAUCGGUGCGAUUCAACAAAAAUUUCGUCUAAUUAUGGAAUUUCUUAUACCCUAUAACAAAUCAAGCAUAGGCGUUGACGAUAUUCGUUUGAUCGAUUGUUUUCCAGAGUAUUCCCCACAAGUUAUGGUUUGUACGGACGACAUGUUUCGUUGCAAUAAUGGUUCCUGUUUGAAUAGAACACGAAUAUGCGAUUUGUCGAAAGAUUGCGUCGAUGGAGAAGACGAAGGUCCAGAUUGCGAUAAAAUGCCUCCACAUGCUAGGUGUAAUUUUGAAAAUGGCUGGUGCGGUUGGAGAAAUGUUCCAGGAAAUGUAUUCAAUUGGACUCUUCAUUGUGGUCCGACACCAACCGAAAGAUCUGGACCAAGUUAUGAUCAUACUUAUCGCAAUGCAACCGGAACAUACGUUUACGUGAAUACUGCUAGAGGAAAUUAUGGUUAUGAAGGAUUAUUGGAAAGCCCAUUGUUUAAUCCAACACCACCAUAUAGUAAUGAUCCAAAUAGUUCUUAUCAUCAUAGUUGUCAAAUAAGAUUUUUUUAUCAUCGUCACGGUGUACCGCGUGGUUCUUUAGGAUUAUUUUUGGUUCAAGUAAAACCACAUAGAAAUAGUACACAAUUAUUAUGGUGGUCUUCUAGCGAUAGAAGUGACGAUUGGUAUAGUCAAGCUAUUCCUUUACCAGAAGUACGACAUAGAUAUUAUUUUCUAUUUGAAAUAAGAAAAGGAUAUGGUUCUAAAGGUGAUAUAGCAAUAGAUGAUAUUUCUCUAAGUCCAGAAUGUUUCGGUAUAGGAGUACCACCAGAAGUUGUUGGAAGUUUUGAUUAUAAUAAUCCAAUAAUAGAAUCUGAAAGUAUUCCUGAACCACACGUUGACUUUGUUAAUAAAACAGUCAUUCAUAUAACUACUUGUGGUGCUAUCGGUAGAGUAGGUCCAACCGCAGAACAAUGUAUGGAAGAACAUAAUGCGACUAAUGUUAAAAUGGUUGAAUUGCCAUCUAAAACCUAUCAAACAAAUUUUCCUUUUGCCAAUUUAACUGGAAUUCAAAGUUGGAUUGCACCAAGCGGUGGAUAUUAUACUUUAAUUGGAAUGGGUGCACGUGGUGGCCGAGGUGCUGGUGACAUAGGAAAUUCCUUGGGUGCAUUUGUUCGUGGUGUUGUUGAAUUAGAAAAGGGUGAUCAACUUUAUUUUAUGAUUGGACAACCUGGAACUGACGCGUGUCCUAAGAAUUUAGGAUGGCGAACGAAAAAGUGUAAUCCACGAUACGAUGUAAUAACAGAAACGGGUGGUGUAUCGUCUGUAAUGGAAGAAGUGAGAAAAAUGGAGGUGAAAGAUGGCAGUGGUGGCGGGGGUGGUGCCACUUAUAUAUUUACCCUAAAAAACAAUAAUGAUCAUGAACCAUUGUUAAUCGCUGCCGGUGGUGGUGGAUUGGGAUUACGUUUUGGGCCAGAUGUUGAUGAUGGUAUACAACAUGGGAAAGGUCUUUCAGAACUUUCGGACAAACCUCAUUCUGGAUUAGCGAUUACUGACAACGCAGGUCCAGGGGGUGGUUGGAAUAGUUCAAGUGGUACAUCACGAGUAGCAGCUGGAAUUCCAUUGGUUCGGGGAGGAUAUGGUGGUGCUGGUUGUGGUUCCGGAAAACAAGGUUAUGGUAAUGGUGGAUUUGGUGGAGGUGGUGGUGGUUGUUUAACAGGUGGUGGGGGUGGUGGUUAUAUAGGUGGUAGUACCGGUUUAAAGGAUUCCGGUAACGGCGAGGGUGGAUAUUCAUACGUAUCCCGUGAUCUCCUUCACGUAUAUUUUAAACCUGCUGCUAAUGCUGGACCCGGGGAAGUUUAUAUAAUACCUGCCAUUAGUAAUUGCGGUUGUGAUUUUCGUUGCGUUGCACUCGAUCAAUAUUUGAGUGACACCAAAUGUCUUUGUCCACUUGGUUGGAUACUAGAUAAUGAUUCCAAAUCUUGUAACAUGGCCAACGAUUCAAACGUGUCUUAUCAAAAGUUUAUGAUUUCGUUAAUAGUUUCCAGCAGUAUUUUAUUGUUGGUUUUCACCGGACUCGGUUGGAUGCUUUAUAAUCGUUAUCAGAAUCGUAAAGCUCUUUUACGACGUCGCCAAGCGAUGUUUGGAAAUGGUACCGAAUUGACAGCUUUAGGAGUUGUCUCGGAUAGUAUGAUGACAGAAUUUAAUCCUAAUUACGAAUUCGCUGGGAAUUUAUACAGUAUUAAAGAUUUAUAUCAGAUACCACGUGAACAUAUCACUUUGGUUAAACCACUUGGACAAGGUGCUUUCGGUGAGGUAUUUCAAGGAGUAUACAAAUACAGACGUAACGAGGAACACCCGGUAGCUGUUAAAACUUUACCAUCCUUAACGACGUCUCAAGCUGAAGCUGAUUUCAUGAUGGAAGCACUUAUCAUGAGUAAAUUUAGUCAUCCCAAUAUAGUACAUUUUAUUGGUGUAUCUUUUGACAAGCAUCCAAGAUACAUCGUAUUGGAAUUAUUAGCUGGCGGUGAUUUGAAAAAUUUUCUUCGAGAAGAAAGACCGAAACCGGAUCGUCCUACCACUUUAAAUAUGUACGAUUUAAUAAUGUGCGGAUAUAAUGUUGCCGAUGGUUGCAAAUACAUGGAAGAAGCACGUUUCAUACAUCGCGAUAUAGCUGCACGUAAUUGUCUUCUCACGUGCAAAGGAUCUGGUCGUAUUGUCAAAAUUGCAGACUUUGGUAUGGCCAGAGAUAUAUACAGAAGUGAUUAUUACAGGAAAGGUGGUAAAGCGAUGUUACCUAUCAAAUGGAUGCCACCAGAAAGUUUCCUCGAUGGUAUAUUUACAACGAAAACCGACGUUUGGGCUUUCGGUGUUCUACUCUGGGAAAUCAUGUCGUUUGGAUAUAUGCCAUAUACCGGUUGUGCUAAUCGCGAAGUAAUGACAAUGGUAACGUCAGGUGGUCGUUUGGAAAAACCAGCUGGUUGUCCUGAUCCUAUUUAUGGAAUAAUGACACGUUGUUGGCACCCAAGACCGGAAGAUAGGCCGAGUUUUGCGACCAUCACCGAAAGAAUCGAUUAUUGUUUGCAGGAUCCCGACGUAAUAAAUCAUCCAACACCGAAUUACGACAUUUUACCGGCAUGCGAUCGCGAAAUAACUAUUAUGAGGCCGGAUCCUGAAACGGAAUGCAUCAAUGUAAAUUCUGACUCCGCGUUUAUCGAUGGUUACAUGCAACCAAGAGACAUGGAUUUUCGUUCAGUGACAUAUCGAAUCGAACCAGCAUCAAAUAACAUGUCAUAUACUUAUAAGAAAAAAUACGAAAGUGGAACUACGAACGAUAAUUUAAUUCGAACGAGAGAUAUUCAACAACCAGGACAGAGUAAUUCUUAUAAAGAUAAUACAAAGAAUAUAAAUAAUGAAGAUAAUAGUCUUGGAAAUGCUCGUGCGAUUCUUGACAAUGACGUUAACACUAGAACCGAGGACGAACGUAACGAAACGUUUAGGAUGAACGACGAGACGAAAGAAAUGUCUGAACUUUCGGAUAACGGAAACGAACCACCCGAUGAUCAAGAUGAUCGUUUCAGCGAAAACAGUGAUGGAACGGAUUUAGCGGCAGAUAGAAAAAAUGGGAAUGAAAGUACUACAACUACCGAUACUAAUUCCGAUUCAAUGGCAGUUGUACCGGCUAAUACGUCGACAGAUACAACGAGUAAUUCAACACCGAACACACGUACCUGUUCUCCAAAUCGAAUCGUUUUACAUACUAACGUUAACAAUGUUAAUGGUAUAUUGAAAAAAAGUACAUUAAAGGCUGCACUGAGUUUAGAUCCAAGCACUUUGUAUCGUGGCACGAUACAUUACGAGAAGAUACCAUUUUCCGCACCACCGCAACGUUCCAGCACACCUGGAAGUAUUGAAUUGACCAAGGAUUCUCUUGGACACGAGUUACCUAGGCAGGAGGAAUGUUCCUGCUGAGAAUUGUACGACGGGGGCUGACCGGAUUCCCCCGCAAACGACCCUACGAUGGCGGUAAUAGAUAACAGAAAUUGCAAACAAUUGCAAAGAUCAGCUACCAUUUCCGCGAUAACGUUUAAAUUGACCCAAUCAUCGACCAUACUUUGGACAUCCGCUGAUGAGAUGUCUUCGCGAUUUUAUUCCCAGGAAACCCUACUAUGAACAAUCCUGCAACAACAACAUUGUUUCAACACCUUUUUCUUUUUGUUUUCUUUUUCCCAUGUUCUUAUACACAUGGUGUAGCUAAAAUUCUUGGUAGUUAUAAGAGAUCAGAGAGUAAUAUUAUAAAAUUAAAUAUAAAUCAUUUUGUAUAUAAAUAUAAUUAGAAUGUUUUUAAUUUCUUAAUAAAUUGCAAUAUCAAAAAUCAUACAAUCUAAUGAUUGUAUGCAAUUCAAUUAAUCUGUGCAUCAUUAUUUGUUGAUUGGCGUUACAAAUUUUAUGACAGAUUGUUAUUAUUAUAUCUAUUUUUAUAUAUUAGAUUAUUUGUGUUUAUUAUUAUUAGAAUGUUAAUUAUCAAGGAACACGAUGAGGUGUAUUAUAUUGAAAAGUACAAGGAUACUUUUAUUCCGUGUGAGAAUAUCAUUUAUUUCAUCAUAUUACGAUUCUUUCACGAAUUUUAUAGUCAAUUUUAUUAGUGUUACUUAUUUUUUAAUAAGAAACAAUAUCUGUAAUAAAAUCUGUAACAUUAAUUAAGAUGCACACGUAUUGGAUUGACGUUUUCUUUAUUGCAAUUUAUUAAGAAAUUUAAUUAAGAGAUUUCUCGUUAUUCUUAAUUUACACUUUUUUUAUCAUUUUGAACUUUAUUAUUUCUCAGAUCUCAUUUGUACCAAGAAUUUUGGCUCAACCCUAUAUACGUACAUAUAUAUAUAUACAAUAUUACAUGUACAAAUAUGAAACUGUAUAGUAACAAAUUAUUACAAUGACGAAUGCCAAAUGGUCUAUAAGUGAAUUACAAUUAUGAAAAGUACAAGAUGAAAAAAAAAAAACAAAGAAGAGAAAGAAAAAAAAAUACGCAGAUAUUAUAUUCGUGUACAAUUCUGUAUGUACAAGAUUGAGUCGAAUUAUUUAUAACAAAAUAAUCGUUUCCAGUUAACGAAUGAUCAAUAAAUGAUCAAUAAAUAAAUGAAAA